UCCUUCUUACAGACCACAGGCUCAGCUAAAGCUCACUUCCCACACUCUCUUCACCCCAGCUUAGAUUAGCAACGACCAUGGCUACAAUGGCACUCUCCUCUCCUACAUUGGCUGGGAAGGCCCUCAAGCUCUCUCCCUCCUCCUCUGACCUCCUCGGAGAAGGCCGCAUCACCAUGCGGAAGACCGGCAAGCCCAAGCCUGUCUCCUCCGGCAGCCCAUGGUAUGGCCCAGACCGAGUCAAGUACCUGGGCCCUUUCUCCGGCGAGCCACCUUCCUAUCUGACCGGUGAAUUCCCCGGUGACUACGGGUGGGACACCGCCGGCCUCUCCGCCGACCCUGAGACCUUCGCCAAGAACCGCGAGCUCGAGGUCAUCCACUGCCGGUGGGCCAUGCUCGGCGCGCUAGGGUGCGUCUUCCCUGAGCUGCUCUCCCGCAACGGGGUCAAGUUCGGCGAAGCCGUGUGGUUCAAGGCCGGUGCGCAGAUCUUCAGCGAAGGCGGGCUGGACUACUUGGGCAACCCCAGCCUGGUCCAUGCACAGAGCAUUCUUGCAAUCUGGGCCACCCAAGUUAUCUUGAUGGGUGCUGUUGAGGGCUACCGCAUUGCUGGUGGGCCGCUCGGGGAAAUAACUGACCCUCUCUACCCAGGUGGCAGCUUCGACCCACUUGGGCUUGCUGAUGACCCAGAGGCCUUUGCUGAGCUUAAGGUGAAGGAGAUAAAGAAUGGACGGCUGGCCAUGUUCUCCAUGUUUGGGUUUUUCGUUCAAGCAAUCGUGACUGGAAAGGGCCCACUGGAGAACUUGGCAGACCAUCUUGCUGAUCCUGUUAACAACAAUGCAUGGGCUUAUGCCACCAACUUCGUGCCAGGCAAAUGAGGAGUCAUACUCGGCUUAGAUCCACAGUGUGUGGGUUUGAAUUGAGAAUUGAGAUUAUUUGUUGUAAUCUAUAUGUAGUACUGAGAGCGUUGUGUACCAUUUUCACUUUAUGAAAUGUCUAUUCCUCUUGACUAUAUACUUUCAAUUGCUGUUUGUGGCUCAAUUGGGACUGUUCAUCCAGUGGGCCUUGUUAUGGAUGGCCUCCCUCAUCUAAGCCCUAUCCCAAUGGAAGCGGAUUGCAUGCUGAGUAAACUCUGUAGGGCCCACCAUUAUUUAUGUAUUUUAUCCACUCCGUCCA